CUCUCGGCCCGCGGGCCGGAGACUGAGCGCCGGCUGCCGCAGGAGAGGAGAGGAGAGCCGGCGGCGCCCUCUCUCUCGCUCCCCGAAAAGAGGAGGAAGGGGGGAAAGGAAAGGGAAGGAGACAGACAGAAAGAAAACGAACAACACCCAAAACUUCCGGGGAAGUUCUGAAUGACUGGAAGUCCGGAAGUGAAAAACUUCAAGCUUUCACAGAGGAGCGGAGAGCACAGACAGAAAGAGAUGGAUUUAUUAUUCAUCUAGAGGGUCGUCGUCAUCCUGGUUUAAAAGGAGAACUGUUGGAAAUCCAAAUAAAAAAUUAAAAAUCUGUCAAAGGGAAUAGAAGGCGAAUUCUCGUUGGAGAACUGCUUUCAAAGAGAGAAAGGCGGGCGACCGUGUGGGGUUAGAAAGGAAAGUCUUCCCCGAAACCACAGAUUCAUUAUUUGUUGAAAUUCAAGGUCUCUCUGCUCCUUGCCAUUGUUGUUUUUUUUAAGCUUUGGACCCAAAGAAUAAUUCACGAGACUUUUUCGCCUGUAAACUGCACAGAGAUUUCUCUACAAAGGCCCGUUUGCGACCUGAAUUGAGUUGCAGCAAAUUCUCUUCUUUGGGAGUUCAGUGUUUUUUUUUUUUUUUUCCCCCAAAGAAAGUUCAGAAACUUUUCUUCCCACCAUGAGUCUUCUAUCCUAUGGAUAUCCGUUUUGAGAUAACAGAUGAGGAGAAUUGCUGGUGUCUUUUGGGGAUUGUACUGUUGUUUGGGGCCAUGGGCUGCAUCCAGAGCAUUAGCUGCAAAUCCAAAGGCUUUCGGGAAGCCAUCUCCGUGAUCGACGUCAAGGCCUUCAUCGAUCCUGUCCCGACCAACAUCGACGAGUCGUCCAGCGUGGUCCUGAGAUACCGAACCCCGCAUUUCCGGGCCUGCGCUCAGGUGUUGGUACCGCCUCUUCCCAAGAAAGAGACGUGGAUCAUCGGAUGGAUCCAGGCGUGUAACCACAUGGAAUUUUAUAACCAGUACGGGGAGCAUGGAAUGUCCAGCUGGGAACUUCCAGAUCUCCUUGAGGGCAAGAUCCAAGCGAUCAGCGAUUCCGAUGGGGUCAAUUACCCGUGGUACGGGAACACCACGGAAACGUGCACCAUCGUGGGCCCCACCAAGAAAGAAGGAAAAGUCAUCGUCAGCAUGAAUGAUAACUUCUACCCGAGCGUCACCUGGGCGGUGCCGGUGAGCGACAGCAACGUGGCCAAGCUGACGAACAUCCACCGGGACCAGAGUUUCACCACGUGGCUCGUGGCCACCAACACCGCCACCCACGAAAUGGUCAUCCUGCAGACCAUCAAGUGGCGGAUGAAACUGGGCAUUGAGGUGAGCCCCACCAAGCCGCUGGGCCACCGUGCCAAGCUGAAGGAGCCCCACGCUCAGGAACCCCCCCAGGUCCUCAGCAGAAAUGAGCCGAUACCGCCAAGUGCCCUUGUGAAACCCAACGCCAACGAUGCCCAGGUGCUGAUGUGGAGGCCGAAAGAGGGGCGCCCUCUUGUGGUGAUACCUCCAAAGCAUCGGUAAGGAGACCCCCCACCCGUUGCCCUGUGUUCGGGCCGCACGGGGAGGGGGGGGAAGGAGGAGGCAUAAGACCCACUUCGUGUUUAAGAGAAACGUAUAUUAUUUAAGCAAAAACAGAGAUGCACUUUUUAACUUGUUUGACAAAAAAAAGAGGAAAA